UCUCUAUAAAAAAGGUUUGCAAAUUUGUUGCAACUUGUUCCCAUUCCUUGGAAGAAACAAGAAUCAUCCCCACCUUAACCACUCUCUUCAUUAUCAUCUUCGCCUUCUUCUAUAUAUUACUGUUACUUUUCGAUCUAGUUAAGCUUUUUCAGUGUGACUCCAAUUAAUUUCUAAGGAAGCAAAGAUUAUUAAAGAUGAUGCAAAUCUCCACCACCAACAAGUACUUGCCUGAAUUUGGAAUGGAUGAGUCGGUUUUCUUCCAUAAUCAAUACCCAAUGAUGGAUUCAUCAACAAUCACAUCAUCUCCAACACCAUGGCCGCAGAUUAAUCUUGAUGAUAUUGACUUCAACCAAAUCCAAGAGUCCUUCUCUUCAGCCUCAUCCCCAAAGAGCUACACCUCAAACAAGCGCUUCAACUCUUCUUUCUCACCAAUUGAAAGACCAACUAAGCAACAAAAAAAUGCUUAUAGCCAUGGGAUUAGUACUAAUACCACUACUACUACCAGCAAUGAAUUCAUGGUUCCCAAAGCUUCUUCCUCUUCUUCUUCCCAAAUCAUCUCGUUCGAGCAGCACUCGAACGCUUCUUCGGUUGCUUCCUAUAACCACCAUCAUCAGCAACUCUACAAUAAUAACCCUUCUUCAGAUCAGGGUAACCAUGUUUUGAAGCCCAAGACUGAGAGUGUGUGCAGUGAGAAUUUGGAUUUUGCCAGUGUGGUUUCUCAAGCUGAUAAGGCCAAUAAAGGUUCCGCGGGGGCGGCCACCACCAGAAACCCAACUCAGGCCCAAGAUCACGUCAUUGCCGAAAGAAAACGAAGGGAGAAGCUCAGCCAGAGGUUCAUUGCACUUUCCGCCAUUGUUCCUGGACUCAAGAAGAUGGACAAGGCUUCUGUAUUGGGAGAUGCUAUCAAAUAUCUGAAGCAACUGCAAGAAAAAGUGAAGAUUCUAGAAGAGCAAGUUGCUGAAAAAACCGUAGAAUCCGCAGUUUUCGUGAAGAGAUCCAUCCUCUUCGCAGAAGACAAUGGAUCUUCUUCGGAAGAGAACCCGGAGAUAGAAGCAAGAAUUUCAGGCAAAGACGUUCUCAUUAGAAUCCACUGUGACAAACACAGUGGAAUAGUGCCAAAAAUAAUCAACGAGAUUGAGAAGCAUGAUCUCAGUGUUCAAAGUAGUAGCUUCUUGCCCUUUGGGAACAACUCACUUGACAUCACCAUUGUUGCUCAGAUGAAGAAGGAAUGCACCUUGACAGCAAAAGAUAUAAUAAAAGGCUUAAAUCAGGCUUUGAAGCAGCUGAGUUGAUAUUGAUGACUACACCAAAAAUAAUGAAUAAUAAUAAGCUUAAUAAUUAAUUUCACAGUAACCAUUUUUUUCAUCGCAGUGCUUUCUUUAAUUUUUCUUCUGUGAUAUGUUGACUAUUCUGGUGUACCUUAAUUAUUUCUCCAUACACAGUUUACUUGGAUCAGUGCUGAGUUCAACAGAGAUAAAAGGCCAAUGUGGUUUUUUUGCGUAGUUGAUAUGUAUAGAGGAAUACUAUAUGGUAGGCUACGUUAAUAUACGCCCCCACCACAAUGGCAUUUUCAAUGUUCAUAUCUUAGCAACUUUAUCUUUUUUUUUU